AUGGCCCAGAUUCUUCAGAUCUUGGCACAACAGACUGCCAACCUAACUCUGCAACAGAAAAGACAGGCUACUCCCCAGGUUACUUUCCAAAACUUGCAGUCUGUCAAUCCUCCAGAGUUUAAAGGUUCGGCAGACCCUAUUGAAGCUAGGGUAUGGUUGAAAGAAAUUGAGAAAGCGUUUGUAUUAGUAAAGGUAAGAGAAGAGCAAAAGACUGAGUUUGCUAGUUAUUAUCUGAAGGAUGAAGCUACUUAUUGGUGGGAAUUAGUUAGAGCAAUGGAAGAGACAUGGAAUGUUACAUGGGAUAGAUUUAAGGAGUUGUUCCUCGAGAAGUAUUUUCCUCAGUUUCUCCAGGAUCGAAUGGAGUUAUAG